CAUGGAUCCACUAAAUGUGUCUUAAUUACAAGCUUUUUUGAUUAAUCAAUGCACUCUUAAGAGACGCUUAAACAAGUUUUCUUAAUUAAUCUUUAAUUUCCAGCCUUCAAUGGCUUCUUCAGCCGCCACCGUCUUCUCCGAUUCUUCUUUUCGAUCUUCGCCUCUCCACAACAACCACCGUGUUUCCCGUUAUGUCACCGGAUCCUCCCCCUUCAUCUCUCUCCGUCGCCGCGGGGGUUCUCUCCGUCGCCGCGUUCUCGUCGCGAAAUCGGCGCUGAUCGAGCCGGACGGAGGGAGACUCGUCGACCUCGUCGUCGAGGAAUCGCGGCGGCGCGUGAUGAAACGCGAGGCGGAGACGGUUCCGGUAAGGAUCAGGCUGAGUCGCGUGGAUCUGGAGUGGGUACACGUGCUCAGCGAAGGCUGGGCUUCUCCGCUCCGUGGGUUCAUGAGACAGUCCGAGUUCCUCCAAACACUUCAUUUUAACUCGAUCCGGCUCGAAGACGGCUCCGUCGUCAACAUGUCGGUUCCGAUCGUGCUUGCGAUCGACGACGAGCAGAAGAGUCGAAUCGGCGAUUCUGACCGAGUCACGCUCGUUGACUCGUUCGGUAACCCAAUCGCCAUUCUCAGCGACAUCGAGAUCUACAAGCACCCAAAAGAAGAGCGUAUAGCAAGAACAUGGGGAACAACAGCUCCAGGUCUUCCUUACGCAGAAGAAGCAAUUACCAAAUCCGGAGACUGGUUAAUCGGAGGCGAUCUACAAGUCCUGGAGCCGGUCAAGUACAACGACGGUCUCGACCGGUUCCGUCUAUCACCAUCUCAGCUCCGCGAGGAGUUCACGAGGCGAGACGCGGACGCGGUUUUCGCCUUCCAGCUCAGGAACCCUGUACACAAUGGUCACGCACUUCUCAUGACCGAUACUCGAAGAAGACUUCUUGAGAUGGGUUACAAAAACCCAGUCUUGUUGCUGAAUCCACUUGGAGGGUUCACUAAAGCAGACGAUGUACCUCUCAGCUGGCGUAUGAGGCAACACGAGAAGGUGCUUGAGGAUGGUGUUUUGGAUCCAGAGACGACUGUAGUCUCAAUCUUCCCAUCUCCGAUGCACUAUGCUGGCCCGACCGAGGUUCAGUGGCAUGCCAAAGCUAGGAUCAACGCGGGAGCCAAUUUCUACAUUGUUGGUCGCGAUCCAGCCGGUAUGGGCCAUCCGGUAGAGAAGAGGGAUCUAUAUGAUGCUGAUCACGGGAAGAAAGUGCUCAGUAUGGCACCGGGACUUGAACGGCUCAACAUUCUUCCCUUUAAGGUUGCUGCGUAUGAUACAACUCAGGGGAAGAUGGCCUUCUUUGAUCCUUCCAGGUCUCAAGACUUCCUCUUCAUAUCAGGAACCAAGAUGCGUGCCUUGGCAAAGAAGAAAGAGAACCCACCAGACGGUUUCAUGUGUCCCUCUGGUUGGAAAGUGUUGGUUGAUUACUACGACAGUCUCAACGCCGAGGCUAGUAAUGGAAGGGCUUCGGAAGCUGUCGUUACCGCUUAAAUGCAAAGGUUACGUGUCCCACAAGUUACAAAUUUCUCUGUUUGCUACGUACCAAGCUCUGUAUAUCAAGAAGCUUACAAUAAAAGCAAUGUGUGUUUGUAUAAAACAUCUGUGUUCUUUGCGUCUCCGUUGUCAUCGAGUCGCAUCGAUUUGUACCAAAUUUACGUAUUGCUGUUAAUAAGAAGAACUCUUGUGAUUGUGUUCAACC